AUGGAUGAUAAAAGGCUUCACUCUGCGGCUCUGGCCACUCAGGGGCGAGCAGCACUGGCGGCCAUACAGCCCGUAGCCCUAGUCGCUCGGGUUUUCGCCAAUGCAGCUGCAGCAGGUGACUACACCACCGGCGAGCGGGCAGCAAUCGUGCUGCUGGCGCUGCUCACAAACGCGCAGCUAAAGUUGCCCAAGGACGUGGCGGGGCCCGUCAUCAUCCCCACAGCGGUGCUACUCCUGGGCGGCAGCGGCGCCGCUGCCACGGCAGGCGCGGCUGCCGUCGCUGCAGCGGCAGCAGCGGCAGACGCGGACGGCACGCUGAGCAGCACCGGCCUGCACGCAUGCUGCGAGGCGCUCAACGUGUCCGUGGGCUCGGUAACUGCCGGGGCACCGGAGCUGGUGUGCCUCACACUCCAGCUGCUAGCGGCGCUGACGGCCGACGUGACGGGUUGGCCCUGGCAGUGGCCCGUGGUUCGCGCCGCGGUAGUGGAUGGGUGCGCGCGGCACGCGGUGGCGCUCAUGCAGCUUCUGGACGGCGGCGACGGCAGCAGCGACUGGUGUGGUAGUGGCGGUGUUGAGGGUGGCGGCGCAGAUGUGGGCGUAGGCUUUCUGGGGUCCGGCAUGAGGGUGGAGGCGGAAGCCCACGCAGCGGCGCGGAGCGUCGUGGUUCACUUCGCCCGCGGCCCGCUGCUGGUCCGGGAGGCGCUGUUCCGGGCGGGGGCCUUGUCGGCCGUGGUGGAGGCCAUCAUGAUGUGGCCACCGCCGCCGCCGUCCUCAGCACGCGGCUCUUCCGGCCCCACGAGGCGACCUCCCUCCGCGGCGACCUCCGCGGGCCGCAGCCGGCUGCUGCACUUCUCACUGUGCCUGGGGGUGCUGCUGAACCUGUCCUCCCUUCCCCGGGUGCGGGCGGUGCUGACGACUCCUGCGCUCGGGGCGCUUCUGCGGCACCUGCUAGGCCUACUGGAGCAACAUCAGUCUUGGGACGGCCAUGUGCGGGGGGGAGGCGCGGCUGCGGCUGCGGCUAUUGUUGGGGCGCAGCAGGAGCAGCCACUGCUCGGGGAGGGCGGUGCGGCGGCGGCGGUGCCGACAGCGGCUGAAGCGGAGCUUGCGGCGGCUGAUCGCAUUCCGUUGCCGGACAUCCACAGCACGCUUCUGGAGCUGCUGUUGAACCUCGCGUUGGACCCGCAAUGCCACCCGGGGCUGGCGGCGCAGGGCGUGGAGGCGCUGCUGGUUCGCUGCAUCGCGGCUGAGCAGCAGUAUCAGCAGCCGCAGUUCUACCAGCAGCCGUGGAGAGCGGCGGCAGCGCUCCGUCUCGUGGCGGCUCUCUCCGCCGACUCACGGCUCUCCGCGCCGCGGCCGGUGAUGCAACUGGGCCUCGCAUCGGUCGGGGCCGUUGAGGUGGUUGCACUCGAGGUUCAGUCCGCGAGUAAGGCCCUGCCAGCUGCCGGCGCCGCUGCAGCGUACGACCUGGCUGUGACGGCGCUCUGUGCGCUCAUGACGGGCAACGGCGAGCUGCAGCGGUGCGUGGCCGGCAUGCCGGAGUUGCUGACGGCGCUGUCGGCCGUGUUGCCGCAGCCGGCGGUGACGUCCAGUGACUCGCGGCUGCGGAUAACUCUGACAGCCUGGCGCCUGACCACCUCUCCACUCACAGCUCCCGGGGCGGAUGAGGCCAUAGCUCGAAGCCUGCUGGUGGGCCUGGGCCAUAACCCCGAGGCGGUGAUGUACGGCACGUCUGGCGUCCAGGGUGGCGGCGGCGGGGGCGGCUCUCUCUUCGUCAUGCACGGUGACAAGAGUCGGGCGCUGUCGUACGACCCGGCGGCGCGGCCUUCGAAGCGUCAGCACCGGCAGUCAGUCCUGCUUGCGGCGUCUGAGCUACACAGCCGGCUCGGUGACGGCGGCGGCGGCGACAGCUCCCCUGUACACCACCACCGGACGCCCGCCCUGGGGAGCCGACGUUCCUUCGAACUACAGGUCUCCGAGAUUGAGCGAGGAACUGGACCUCUGCUGCCCAGCUGCGUGGUGCCCGUGGUGUCGUCGGAGAGCCGGCCGCCGAGCUCCCGUGGAGAGGGGGCUGGGGAGGGACGGGUUGGCAGCAGGUCCGUUUCAAGGUCCACUUCGAGGCCCGUGUCCAGGACCAGCCGACCGGCAAGCCAGGCUGUCGCCGCGGAGGCGCCCGGAAGCAAGCCACCGCCACCGCCGCCGCCUCAUCGCUCUGUUUUCUUUACCUCCGACAGCGACGAUAACGGCUGUGGCGGGGCGGCGGCGGUCCCGUCAGCCGGCGGUGACGUAAUCGGCAUGGGGCUUAUCGCCAAGCCCGGGUCGCAUGGCUUGGCGGUGAUGCCACCAGCGUCAGCGACGGCGGCAGGAAAGUGUACGGCAGCAGGAGUAAUGCUGUUUCCAUUGCCGCCGGAUGGCUCAGUGGCGGAGCCUCCCGUACUGACGAGCCUUCCCGGGGAGUUGUUGCCGUCGCCGGCAGACGAGGGAUACUCGCGUGCGGGAGGAGAUGCCGGCAGCAACAGCAGCAGCCAGCGGCACCGGCGGAGCAGUGGUGGCGGCGGCGGCGGCGGCGGCGGGCCCCAGACGCCGCCCCGUUCUAUUGGCGCCCAGCGGAGGUCCUCCUCCAACUGCGAGACCGGGGCCUGCGGUGAAGUCCCCCCUUGCGCGGCUGCACCUGCUGACCAGCCCUUCACCACCACCACCACCACCACCAUCACCACUAGCCUCCAUCCGGCACUGGCGGCGCACUCCGUUCCCCGCACCCCCUCGUCUCCGCGGCUGGCAGUAGCAGCAUGUGGCCCUCAAGAGCAGCAAGCCGCCGCCGCCGCUGCGAAGGAAGCCACCGCCGCCAGAGCACCAGCACCAGCUACAGCGCCAGGCAAAGGUGCAGGCGGCGAUGUACAUACAGGUGACGACGUAUCGCCGCUACUGCCGCCGUCCUAUCCCCAGAAGGGGACGGACCAGCUGCUGCCCGCCGCGGCGGUGACCCCCGCGUUGGAGAUGGCGCCGCCACUGCUGUGCCUGGUGACGCACCUUCAGGCGCUGCUGGCCCGACCCGCCUGCCGCGCGGUGGCGGCGCUGGUGCUGGUGCAGCUGGCGCAGCUGGAGGUUGUACGGCGCAGUGCCGUCAUGGCGGCGGGCUGGGGGGCCCUCCUGGAGGCCGUCACAUCCAGUCUCAUGGGCGGCCCUGGGGCGGAGCGAGGAGGAGGAGGAAUCACAGAAUCGGAAGAGGGCCAGCCGCUCCUCUAUUCCGGUUUUUCCGCCACCGCCUCCGCCCCCUCCGCCGCCUCGACGGGCCUUCCCAAUCACCCCCGGGACAAGCUGGCCCUCCUGGAGGUGCUGGUGGUGGCGGCGGGGGGCUCCGCGGGGGAGGGCCGCUCCGCCCUCACCUCCCCGCCCGUCGUCUUGGCGCUGUGCGACCUGGCAUGCGGGUGGGGCAGCCUGGCAGCCAGCCUAGCCCGCCGGGAAGACACCCUCUGCUCCCAGCCCGGUCGCGGAUUGGCACCGACGGCCGCGAGGUCCCGCGCCUGGCCAUUGCAUAGCCAGCACUACCACUACCGCCACCAUCACCAUCAUAAGAGCGGAACCGGCGGCGGCGGCGGGGGGAUCUUGGGCGAGUUGCUCAAGGCGGGGGGGGAGGCGCAGGUGGCGGCUCAGAUGCAGAAUGGCCGCGUGGGCGCCGUACUGGCCGAGCAACUGUUACAGGCCCUCGUGGUGGCGGUAGAGUCGCCUGCGCCGCCUCACCAGGCGCUGUCGGAUUCCGGCGCCGCCACUGCGUCCCCCAGGGGUUCCCUGGCGGCGGAGGAGCAGCAGCGGCAGCGCAACGCGGCUGGUCGGCUGCUGCUCCGGCUUGUGGAAUGUGCGAGCUGCGCGCGGGAGUUCCUGUCUCGCCCCGGGGUGGUGUCGGCACUGCUGGACCUGCUGUCGCAUGUGUGGGACACCCACGGCCCCGCCCUACUUCCCCCGGCCGCCUCCACCCGCCCUCCACCACUUCGUACGGAUCUCACCGCCAGCAGCUCCUACAACGGCACAGCCCUCUCCCGCGCCAUUCUCCGCGGGUCCCUCGGGCCCAUAUCCGCCGGUGCCGCCGCCGGGGGGGGGCCGAUAGAGGUCAACGGCGGUAUCAGCGCCAGCACCACCGACAGCAACCUCAACCUCAACCUCAACUUGGCCCUGGCCAACCGGCGCAGCUCCAACAUGCACGCGGACAGCCAGCAGAGGAUCACAGGCAGCGGCGCGCUGCCGCCACCGCCGCCGUCAUCAUCUCCAUCUCAGUCCCUUUUGGCCUCCGCUGCCGCCGCUGGCGGCGGCGCCAAUAGUACGGCAGCCCCGACGUCUCCGUUCGCCCUGCCAGGAGGAAGCGGGGCGCUGUUGUCCGCCGGCGCCCAACUCCCGCCGCCCCGUUCACUGCCACUUAGCCCGACCGGCAACUCCACCACCAACACCACCAGCACCACCGCGGAGGGGCGCCCGAGCUUCGACAUGCGCCGGUCCGUCACGACGGGGCCUGGCGGUGCCGGCGCCGGCGGCGGCAGUGGAGCUGGGAGCUUGGGGACCGCGGCAUCAUUGCACUUGGCGCUGCAGCAGCAGCCGCGGUGUCAGAGCCCCCUGCUGGGCGCCACUCGCAGCGGUGGCGGGCUGGUUUCGGGGCCGGGGCUGCACUCGCCCGCGCCCCACGGAGUGCCCACCCGCAUGUCGCUACAUGCGGCCAUGUGCACCGAGACGUCGCAGUGGACGUCCCCCGCGCAGCAUGCGAUGAAGGUCCUGGAGCUGUCCGAGGAGCGCCAGCCCUCAGGACCCUCAACGUCAGGUUCCCAGCUGCCGUACUUCCGCCAUGCCCACACGCACACCGGUACCGUACCGCCAGGUCGGCCCUCACCGCUCUCCGCGGGCCCGCGCGCCAGUGGGCGGCCGGAAGCUGCAGGCGCUGGCGGCGGCGGCGGUCGUGGCGGUGUUGGAAAUGACCGCAACGAUACCAAUAGUGACAACAGUGAAGAUCUGAGUGACGAAGACAGCUUCUUAAUGCUGGAGGAAGUUGCGCCGCCGCCAAGGAAGCCGCCGCCGCCACCGUCAGCACCACCGGGAGGAGGUGUACGGCAGUCUUCCGUGCUGCUGCCUCCACCACCGCCCCGUGCGAGCGGAUCGCGUAACGGGAGGUUGGCGGAGGUGGCAUUCGUCGCGCACGCCCGGGGCGGCGGCGGCUCUUCAGCCGACGUCGACGGUGUCGCCCCGGUUGAAGACGGGACGGGAGCCGGCGGCGGGGCGGGGAGUGAGGACCGAGAGGGGCCUAGCCUGAUGACCAGUACCGUGCUACGUCGAGGAACAAGAGCACUGGCGCCCCCCCUGGCACCGGGCACCGGACUGCCCUCGGGAAGCCCCACAGCGCCGCGCACAGCCGCCGCCGCGUCUGCCGUACAGUGCCUUUCUGAGCUGCUACAGCUGUUACGGCUGCUGGCGGAGGGGGAUUUGGACACGGCGCGGGCCAUGUCCACCCUCCCAGCAGUGGAGCUCUUCGUAGACCUCCUCGCCGCCGCCAGCCCCCCCUUGGUGCUGGCGGCCCUGGGGCUGCUGGAGCGACUGGCGGAGCGGCAAGACGCGCAUGAGACUUUUUGGGACUGCGACGCCGUCGCGCAGCUGGUGGCCCACUUGCAGAUGAGGUCGGCGGCGGCGGCCGCGGCGGCGGCGGCCGCCGCCGCCGCGGCGGAGCGCAGCAGCGGUGCCGCUGCGCUGCCACGUCCCUCGGCCGGGGAGGUCGCCAUUGCGGGCUCGAGAGCGCCGCUUGCCGUUACAGCUGGGGACCCUGGCUGGUGGCGGCGGCGGCGGCGGUGA